AUGCUUGAUGAUCUGCGCGGUGUCGAAAUACUCGGACGAGCGAUUCCACAAUGCGAAGACAAUGGAAUGGCUUACAGACGACGGCAAUGCCUCGCUGGAACCGAUGUUUGCUGGUGUGUCACGUCUUUAGGUAGAAGACUCUCGAGCAAAGAGUAUAGAAAUGACAAAGAGUGUGAAACAGUGAGACGAAAACAAGAGAAUCAAGCAUUGAAAGCAGCUGCCAUAUUAAGGGACGUGUCGAGGAGUGAAAAGGGUUGUACAAUCAGUUAUGCGGGAAUUUGUCCAAAACACCCUACUAACCAAAAGCUAACAAUAUUCCCGUGCAGUUGUGACACUGAAUGCCCAAUCGGCAGAAAAUGUUGUCCAACGGGAACCACCCACGCUUGCCUUCCCGUACUAACAUUCACACAGCCUCCCAAAUCUAAUCAGCUAAGUCCAACAAUGUCUCUUGUGUGCGGAGCAAAUGAGCAGUUUUCGGCGUGUUACUCUCCAUGUCAACCAUCAUGCCAAGAUCCGACAACUCCAGCGUGUCCAGCGCCUGAUUGCCAAGCAGGAUGUAUCUGCCUACCCGGUUAUAUUCGAAGGGACGGAUCCCCUAGAAGUGCAUGUGUUCCGAGAGCAUUGUGUCAAGCAUAUGAUCUCACCAUCAGAUGUGCGGAUGACAGAAGGCAGUACCAGACAUGUGGAAGUGCAUGCCCAGUAAGCUGUGAGAAUAGGAAUCAACCAAGAUGCAGCGAGCGGUGUGUAACGGGAUGCUUCUGCAAAAUACCGUAUAUCUUGGAAAAUGGCGAAGACCCGCUGCAUUCAAGAUGUAUUUUGCCAUCCGAUUGUCCUCCUUCACCAACGCCACCAUCAGAAAUCGGUCAGCAAUUCCUUUUGAGAAACCCACAUUUGGCAACGAAUUUCCCACAAUACGCAACAACUCCCCGUCCUCCAUUUUUGACGACAACUCAAAAAACGAUAAUCGAGGAGAAAACGGCUUUGACUCCGACUUUAAUUCCCAACAACGAACAUUGUCCGGAUCCAUUGAAGAACUUCCUCAGCUGCGGAAGCAAAUGUCCGGCGUCUUGUGAUCGCCCGCUGUCUCAAUCUGCCUCUCUAGAUUGUGCUUUAUCCUGUGUUCAGGGCUGCUUCUGUAGAUUGCCUUACGUUCUUCUCAAUUCAUCAGAUCCAAACUCGUCCUGCAUUCUUCCACAGCUUUGUCCUAAAAAGUCGAUUCCACCGAGUACAGCGUUGCCUUCGUCUGAAAAGUCGUGUCAAGAUCCACGUAAGGAAUGGUCCGAAUGUGGCGCUCAGCAAUGUGCUCGUUCGUGCUCGAAUCCUAUCGGACGAUGCUCAUCCGGAGAAUGCUCUGCUGGUUGUGUUUGUCGAGAACCCUACGUCAUUCUCCAUCCAAACGAUCCGACAUCGCGUUGUGUUCUUCCAUCAGAAUGUGAGAAGAGCUGCGAAGAUCCGGCGAAAGAGUUUGUCAGCUGUGGAUCAUCGUGUCCGAUGGGCUGCGAUAAUCGCCAUCCAAAACACUGUGCUCCAUGCCAAACUGGGUGCUUCUGUAGGAAUGGAUUGGUGUUCGAGAAUUCGUCAACAUGGCACACCUCAAAAUGCGUUAGAUUAGAAGAUUGCCCGUCAGAACCCGAAAGUGAAAUCAUUUCGACGUCAACAUCGACUUCUACUACAACAACUACGACCUUGUCGGCGAACUCAGAAAACGAGCAAAAGUUUGAAGCAGCAAUUUCGAAAUUCCGGCCGGAUUCAUCCGACAACGACCUCCUUCAAUCUCAAUGCCCUGCGACUACGUUCGAUGUCGGCGGUCGAGGAUGCAAUUCUGAUAUCGACUGCCCGGUAGAACAAAGAUGCUGCCGACCUCUCAUAGUUUCUCUCGGAGUUAAUCCCCAGCGAUGCGUUUGCCCGGAUAAAAAUGCGGUUUGGUCAUCGUGCGGCACAUUAUGCCCGGAAUAUUGCGGCCAACCAGCGGUACCAGUUUGCUCUUCGACAUGCAGCCCAGGGUGUCAUUGUGCUCCGGGAUUCAUCAAAUCCCGCAACGACGUCGCUGCUCCUUGUGUUCCACGAGAAACAUGCUCAACGAUUGUCGCAAGCCGACUGGCAUCGAUUUCCGCCAGCGAAGACGAGCCUAAUUUCAUGCGAAUGGCGACGAUUCGUGAGAUCACUUCCCAACAACCGUAUAAUAGCGAUGUGAUCGCGGUUGCUAUUCUACUAUCACGAGAUGGCACGCCUAUUGGACGAUUCACGUUCACACAACUCACGCUGACAACCUUGAAAGUGCACGGAGAAGCGUUUGGCCUUCCACCUGGCAAACAUGCGGUCGUCAUUCAUCAAUUCGGAGACGCUUCUGAAGGAUGUUCAAGGGUUGGAGCACCUUUCACGAGAUCAUUGGACCGAACUCCUUCCCUAGGCGAUAUUUCAGAAUCCGGAAAGUUCGAUCACGUUGUUGAUUGGCCGGUAGCGGACGUUGUGGGCCGGGCCCUUGUGAUUUAUCCAUUCUCGACAGCUGAAUGGGGAAUCAAAACGCAUUUAUCUCAAGGUUAUGUAGCGUGUGGAACGAUUGGAAUUGCAAAACGAAAACAUUAA